GCUCCGUUAUACACAACUGUUAAUACCGCUGUCUGGGUGGUGCAGCCGAAUUGUUAAUUGUAAAAUUUGUUUAUUAAUAAAAUGUGAGUGUUUAUUAUUUUUAUGAAGGGAAAUAAAAGUGUUGAUUGUGAUCAGGUUGGAAACGCGAGGAUUGGAGAUGGAUGUGCAUACUAAUAAAGAACUUAUUAAAUGUUGAUUAACUGUAAACCCUUUGUGUAUAAAGUAUAUUUAUAAUGGAUCAUGUUGCUGUAUGUGUCCUAAUGGCCACAUUGGCCCAUGUAACAAAUCAACAUUAUACGAGCACUACUGAUGGUUACACUGUUAUUGAUAUGGAAGUACCCAGUAAACCGCUCAACAUUACAGUUCUCGGUGUAACUUCUACUAGCGUCUAUUUGAGCUGGUCUGAACCCUUACGUGCCAAUGGACCAAUCGACGGCUAUCGAAUUUACUUUAUGCACGCGAACUUAACAGGAGUGCAAACUCAUCGAAUACAUGGAGGAGGUUCUAAUAUACAAUAUAACUUAACUCAAUUAAAGCCGAAUACAGAGUACGACAUAUGGGUUAAAGCAUUUACGGCGAAAAAUGAAGGAGAACGAUCUGAUUCCAUCAUUAAUAAGACUGAUAUUAGUGGUCCUAGUCCGCCUAUAAUUUUAAAUUUAACAUGCCAAGCACAGGAUACAAUUUUUUUACACUGGCAAAGACCUCUAGAAUCUCCAAGUACCAUCGACUUUUAUCAUAUUUAUAUUUAUACUAUCGGUGCAUUAGUGUAUGACAAUAUUACUCUUCCUACUUCUAAGGAACAUUUGCAAACUUCGUAUUCCAUAAAAAAUCUGACAACGGACAUGUUAUACCAUGUACAAAUUAGCGCAGCCUCCUACAGCCAUUAUACUGAUAAGUUAAUUGAAGGACAACUAUCGGAACCAAAAGAGGUUCUGGUACAAUCAAAUUGUGAUAAAAUUCAACAAUACAUGAGGCACACAACUAACGAACUUAGUGCGGGCAUGAUCGCCGGAGUGGGUUGCGCCGCAUUUGCAUUUUUGCUGUCAAUACUAGCCUUCUUCAUUUGGAGAAAAUGUUUCCAUUCUACGUAUUACUACUUAGAUGAUUUACCUUGUUCGGUUCCGAGUACAUCAUUAGAUUGGAAUGUGGCCUCUGAUCCCUCUGGCGAUUAUAAGGGUGCAAUACCGGUCGAUAUGUUUGGAAAGCAUGUUGCCGAAUUACACGCCGAUGGGGACAUCGGCUUCAGUAAGGAGUAUGAAGCUAUUCAAUCCAAUCAUGAUGAGUAUUCUUCGGAGCAUUCUCAGCAUACAGAUAACCGUGCUAAGAAUAGAUAUUUAAACAUCAUUGCGUACGACCAUAGCAGAGUCCAGUUAUUACAAAUGCCAGGCCAGAAGAAAAAUAUCGAUUAUAUAAAUGCGAAUUAUAUAGACGGUUUUCAAUGGUCAAAGGCGUACAUAGGAACUCAAGGUCCUCUACCUUCGACGUUCGAUUGUUUCUGGAGAAUGGUUUGGGAGCAACGAGUCACUAUCAUUGUCAUGAUAACGAAUCUCGUGGAAAGGGGAAGGGGCACUGUUGCAUUUCCGUUCGUGCAGUGCGAUACAGGUCGUUACGAGAGGAAGUGUGAUAUGUAUUGGCCGAAAGAAGGUACAGAAACAUAUGGUGUUAUACAGGUUAAACUAGUCAAAGAAGAUAUAAUGGCAACAUACACUGUGCGGACGCUGCAAAUACGGCAUCUUAGGAUCAAAAAGAAGAAAGCAGCUAUGGCGGAAAAAUUAGUGUACCAGUAUCAUUACACAAAUUGGCCCGAUCAUGGUACACCCGAUCACCCUCUGCCCGUUUUGCAUUUCGUGAAGAAAUCUGCAUCGGCCAAUCCGCCGGACGGAGGUCCUAUAAUUGUGCAUUGCAGUGCCGGGGUAGGGAGAACAGGCACUUACAUUGUCUUAGAUGCAAUGUUAAAACAAAUUCGUAGUAGAAGCGAAGUAAAUAUAUUUGGAUUUUUACGGCACAUUAGGAGUCAACGAAACUUUUUAGUACAAACAGAGGAACAGUAUAUAUUUAUUCACGAUGCUCUGUUAGAAGCAAUUGAAUCAGGUGAAACGAAUAUUAAAAAAGAACAAAUCCCAAAAUAUGUGCAAAUUCUGCAAAGUAGUAAUGUUGAGGAAAAAACAGAACCAUGGAAGCCAUUAGAGUAUCAGUUUAAAUUAGUAACAAGUUUUCAAUGUAAGGAUUUUAAUGUAAUAUCUGCCAAUAAAGUGAUUAAUAAGCCAAAGAACCGAAGUGAAAUUGUUUCGGUGGAAAGCUCUCGAGUACAUUUAACCCCUAAACCUGGAGAAGACGGCUCCGAUUAUAUUAACGCCACAUGGAUUCAAGGCUAUAACAGUCUUAGAGAAUUCAUCAUAACGCAGCAUCCUAUGAAAGAAACCAUUAAAGACUUUUGGCAAAUGGUUUGGGAUCAUAAUGCACAAACUAUUGUAAUGCUUAGUAUAAUUGAUGAGGAAUUCGAAAUGUUUUGGCCUACCGAGCAAGAAAGCAUAGAUUCGGAUAACUAUAAAAUAAAAUUAUCGAGCGAACAAACAGAGGCGACGUACGUAACACGAGACUUCGUGAUGCAGUCUUUGCAAGACGAUUAUGAACUUCACGUACGUAUGGUGCAUUGGACCAAUUGGCCCCGACAGUGCGUCUAUAUUUCUGAAAUAUUUCAACUACCUAACGCUGUACAGGAAACUCAAUUGGGAUAUCAAAAUGGGCCGGUGGUCGUCGUUGACAGAUUUGGUAGUUCCGAUGCUGCAACAUACUGUUGCCUGACGACAUUAAAAAAACAACUCACGUACGAAAAUCAUGCAGAUAUUUAUAUGUAUUCAAAAUUGUAUCAUAAUAAACGACCGGGACUUUGGGUGUCUUGCGAUAACUACUUACGAUUGCAUUUAGCCCUGCAAGCACUUUGUACUAAGUCGGAAGAUACCCCGGAUCUUUACGCGAUGGCGAAUGGAGCGAUAAAUGGUUCUCUCUCGAAUGAAUAUCAUAGUGUGCCUCCUGAAGGUAUGGAGGCGAUGGGAACUGGGUUCACAGUUGCUUAAUUUUGCACAAACCUGGUGUGAAUAUGAGUGAUUGUAAAAGUUACUGUGUUCAUUGGCAUUUUUCAUCCGUGAUUAGAAACUAAAUUGUUGGCGUACGGUAGCUGAUUUGUUUAUUUAAUUUAUAUCGUUUAGUUUCUACUCGCUUUCACUGUAAUCAUCACUGGUAUCGUUGUAGCAUAAUUAUUGUUAGCCUCGUGUAAUGUACAUUUAUGUUGACCUCUUCCCCUUUUGGAGACAUUGGAACGUUAAAGUAACUCAGAAGCCAUAAUAGAACUUCAAUAAAACGAAUGCGCUAAAAGGCAAAGUACAAAUCUUAUUCUAUCAUCAGCGUAUCUUAACUUUUAUACCCAUCCAAUUCACUCUUACUAUUUACUUGAUUAACUAAAGAGGUUAUUUUCAUGCAUAUGUGUGACCACGCAAUUGUAUUUAAAGUGACCCAUGUUUUCUUUACAGCCAACUUGAUUACAGUCUUUACCAGUUAUAGUAAGUAACCCAAAAGACCAAAGGGAUGUGAGAGGUAAACCGGAAAAAAACUGUAAUCAAGUGAAUAUGGGACACACAGCAGAUCACUCAAUUUUCUAGUGUUGGGCCAAAUAGAAAUUGUAUGUAUUUCUUUAAUUUUAAAUCGAAACUAAAUCCAUCGGAGUAAUUGUACAAUCGAUUUAAAAUGAAGGAAUAAAUAAUACUAAGUGCUCUCUGUAUUCGAUGUUGUCUAUAAUUAGUGUAAUUUCAACUAUUUAAGAUAAUUGACAAGAAAUUCUAUUCUUUAUCCUUGCAUACAAAUGGAGUAAUAGAUGUAUUUAAUUGUACAAAUACAUGUCAAAAUCUGAAUAAAAUAAAAGAAUCAAUAUGU